CUCUCUCUUUAAAAUUGUAUAACAUUUAAAGCGACAUUAAAAUCAAUGUCAUUAGACAUGGUUGGUAAAAGACAAAUGGAUUGUUGAAAUAUUCUUAAAUAAUAUGCCCUGGGGACCGCGAACUGUAUUUAAGUGGUAGAAGACUUGUUUUUACAUAAGUUGUUGGCUUGAUUGCGCUCGCGGAUGUCAAGUCUCCAGCGCGCGCAAGAGAAGCGCACAGUCUGCCGAGAGCGCGUGAGUCAGUUCGCGUGCACAAGAGAAAAUCCCAAAGAUCUUUUAACAUCACGCUCGUGUUUGUGGGUGAAUAUCGCUGAAAAGGAUCAACUCUUCAGGCGCAAGGGACCGUGGUGGAGUGUGCAGGGAAAAUGGAUCUGUAAAGGCGAAAUCUUUGCCUGUCAGUUGAUGUAAGUGUGGACGGAGGGGUUCGUGCUGAUGGCGGCUCCGAUGGCUUCAGGACUUUGGUUUGUCGCGCUCACCGUGGCGACUGUAUUGUGUGCAGAGGUGGAGGAACGUUUGGUAAACUAUUUACUCUCCCCUGACCGCUACAACAAACUGAUCCGUCCAGCGGUCAACAAGAGCCAGCAAGUCACGAUUGCAAUCCAAGUGUCUCUUGCCCAGCUUAUCAGUGUGAAUGAGAGAGAGCAGAUCAUGACCACAAACUGUUGGCUCUCUCAGGUAUGGAAUGAUUACCGGUUGAUGUGGGAUCCAGAGGAGUAUGAAGGGAUCAGAAAAGUGCGUCUUCCUUCCCAGCAUAUAUGGCUGCCUGACAUUGUCCUGUACAACAAUGCUGAUGGGACAUAUGAAGUGUCUUUCUACUCCAAUGCAGUCGUGUCAAAUAACGGUGAGGUUGCCUGGCUACCACCAGCCAUUUAUAAGAGUGCCUGUAAAAUUGAGGUCCGGGACUUCCCCUUUGACCAGCAAAACUGCACACUCAAGUUCCGCUCAUGGACUUAUGACUACACAGAAAUUGACCUCAUCUUGCUGUCAGACUUUGCCAGCCGAGAUGACUUCAAGCCAAGCGGUGAAUGGGAUAUUGUCUCGCUGCCUGGUCGAAAAAACGAAGACCCUAAUGAUGCCACGUAUUUGGAUAUAACAUAUGAUUUUAUCAUCAGACGCAAACCGCUGUUCUACACCAUUAACUUAAUCAUCCCCUGUGUGCUCAUCACUUCCCUGGCCAUCUUAGUUUUUUACCUCCCGUCAGACUGUGGAGAAAAGAUGACUUUGUGUAUUUCUGUGCUCCUGGCCUUAACCGUGUUCCUCUUGCUUAUUUCCAAAAUCGUACCGCCGACCUCACUCGCCGUGCCCCUCAUUGGAAAGUACUUGAUGUUCACCAUGGUCUUGGUGACUUUUUCAAUUGUUACAAGUGUGUGUGUGCUAAACGUGCACCAUCGCUCCCCAAGCACACACACUAUGCCCAAGUGGGUCAGAUAUUACUUCCUGUUUCGUUUGCCUUCUUUCCUAUUUAUGCGACGGCCGAGAGAGUCCAACAAACGUGAGAAAUUUCGCAGGAAGCACCAGCAGUGCUCUUCAGCUGAUCUCCCAGCAAAAAGUGAGGCGGAUGAGACUGAUUCCACCUUCUUUGUCAACGAAGAUGCCAAGCACAUUGUUUGGAGACCUGGCGAGUUGCAGGAAAACACAGAGUUUCGUAAGCGAAUGGCGGUAAAGUGCUCUGCGGACAUGGAGGAGGCUGUGAAGGGGGUCCGAUAUAUCGCUGAAAAGUUGAAGAAUGAGGAUGAUGAUGAAGGGAUUAUUGAAGACUGGAAAUAUGUGGCUAUGGUGAUCGACCGUCUGUUUCUGUGGAUCUUUGUUUUAGUGUGUGUUGCAGGAACCAUCGGCCUCUUCAUGCAGCCGCUCUUCAAGAGCUAUAACAUACCCACCACUGAUGAUUUGUAGAUCACAUAAAGUCAGACCAGCUUCAACCCAACCCACAUAGCUGUUCAUUUUCAGUGCACAACCUAGUCUUUUCACAAACUUGACAACCUUUUUAUUUUAAUAAAUGUUGUAGCCAAAAACCCAACAAUGGACUUCAAACCUGACACAUUUCAUGAAGCAUUGAGCUCUGUGUACCUUUCAAUGCACAAAGACACAAAAUUCUUAGAUACCGUUGAGUCAGAGCACAAUACUGGAAACACACUGAAUAUUUAGCUGCCCCAAACACUGACCCGAACUCAAAAACCCUUCAGAGCUGUCAUUCAGUCACAGCAUCUAGUCCUAGAGCCCUCAACAUUCUUUAACCUCUCAUUGAAAAUGAACCUCCAAAUCCCAAAAUGGCCCCAAAUCUAGUUGGUUUGUCAAAACGGAGUGUUUUUCUCAAGCAUUUUCUGAAAUUUCCAAAUGCUUGUGUGCAGAUUAAAAUCUGCCCACUUCUACAUAAAAUAACCCCCACCUGUUUACAUUAGAAAAA